AUGCUAAGUCGUUAUUAUAUUUCAGCCAACGAUGUCGAACAUAGAAAUAGUAAGUAUGGUGUGGUCUUCCAGGCUGUUGAGUUGCAGUCCCAGGGGCUUGUAUUCUGUGCGUGUGUUCGAGAGAAACCAAACAUUAACAAACCAUACCAGGCAUCUCUCUACGAGACUGUUAUUGAUGAAGUCAUUGCCAACUCCAGAGAUGCUUUUGAGAAUAGUGGGAUUGAUGAGGCAACAUUGCAAGAUUUGCGAAAAAUCUGGAGAGACAAAUUGUCUGCUUCCAAUGUCGCUAAGUUUUCCUGGUCCACAAUUGACAAGAUAAAUUAUGAUGAUGAUUACUACAAUUUUGAAUUGGAAUUGGAUCUUGGUGAUAGCACUAUUGAUGGUAGCAGUAAUAAUAAUAUUAAUAAAAAUAAAAAUAAAAAUAAACAAAAAAACAAAAACAAAAACAAAAAAACCAACAACCUAAUAAGACAAGUGGAUGGCCCAUUAGACGAUGAUGAUAUCGAUGAGCUUUCAGAUUCUGAUGAUCCAUUAAACUCUUCUGAUGAUGACGAAGGAAAUAGAUCAGAAGAAGAUUCGGAUGACGAAACUGAUCAAAAUAAUAUUCUUUGUCUUUAUGAUAAGGUCCAAAGAGUUAGAAACAAAUGGAAAUGCACUUUAAAAGAUGGUAUUGCAAGUAUAGAUGGGAAAGAUUAUGCCUUUAUGAAGUGUACUGGUGAAGCUGAUUGGUGA